CCGGGCCCGCCGCCCGGGACCCGGGCUGGGGCGCGGCGGGAGCCCGGAGCCCGGCGCCCCUAUGCGCCGCCUCGCCGCCGCCGCGCCCCAGCCAUGACCCUGAGCGCGGAGAUGUCCGAUGCCUCUGGCCUCGCCGAGGAGACAGACAUCGACGUGGUGGGGGAGGGCGAGGACGAAGACGACGAGGAAGAAGAGGAUGACGACGAGGGCAGCGGUGGCGGGCCCCGACUGGCUGUCCCCGCGCGGCAGCGGCGGCGGAGGCGCUCGUACGCCGGCGAGGACGAGCUGGAGGACCUGGAGGAGGAGGACGACGACGACGACCUCUUGCUGGCCCCACGGACGGGGGGCUCCCCGCCGCCCCAGGGCCCAGCCCCGGCGGCCGGGGCCGGGACCGGGGCGGGCGGCAGCGCGGGCGCGGGCGGCGGCGGCGGCGGCGCGGGCGGCGGCGCCAAGAACCCUCUGGUGAAGCCGCCCUACUCGUACAUCGCGCUCAUCACCAUGGCCAUCCUGCAGAGCCCCAAGAAGCGGCUGACGCUGAGCGAGAUCUGCGAGUUCAUCAGCGGCCGCUUCCCCUACUACCGCGAGAAGUUCCCCGCCUGGCAGAACAGCAUCCGCCACAACUUGUCGCUCAACGACUGCUUCGUCAAGAUCCCCCGCGAGCCCGGCAACCCCGGCAAGGGCAACUACUGGACGCUCGACCCCGAGUCCGCCGACAUGUUCGACAACGGCAGCUUCCUGCGGCGGAGGAAGCGCUUCAAACGGCAGCCGCUGCUGCCGCCCAACGCUGCCGCCGCCGAGUCGCUGCUGCUGCGCGGCGCGGGGGGCGCGGGGGCCGCGGGCGACCCGGCCGCGGCGCUCUUCCCGCCCGGGCCCCCGCCGCCGCCGCACGCCUACGGCUACGGCCCGUACGGCUGCGGCUACGGCCUGCAGCUGCCGCCCUACGCGCCGCCCUCCGCCCUUUUCGCUGCCGCCGCCGCCGCCGCCGCUGCUGCCGCCGCCUUCCACCCGCACUCGCCUCCGCCGCCCCCGCCGCCGCCGCCGCCGCAGCACGGCGCGGCCGCCGAGCUGGCCCGGACCGCCUUCGGCUACCGGCCGCACCCGCUCGGCGCCCCCUUGCCCGGCCCCCUGCAGGCCUCGGCGGCCAAGGCGGGCGGCCCGGGCGCCUCGGCGCUGGCGCGCUCGCCCUUCUCCAUCGAGAGCAUCAUCGGAGGCAGCCUGGGCCCGGCCGCUGCGGCCGCCGCCGCCGCGCAGGCCUCGCCCUCGCCCUCGCCCUCUCCGAGGACGCCGUCCGCGCCCGGACCCGGCGGCGGCUGCGCGGCUCAGGCGGCCGUGGGCCCGGCGGCCGCUCUCACACGCUCGCUGGUGGCUGCCGCGGCCGCCGCCGCUUCCUCCGUCUCCUCGUCGGCCGCCCUGGGAACUCUGCACCAAGGGACUGCCCUGUCCAGUGUGGAGAACUUUACCGCUAGGAUUUCAAAUUGUUAAUAACGCUAUGUUAGCGCGCUUGAGAAAGAGAAGGUAGGAAUCCCGGCUCCUUUAUUCAUCUUGGUGGUGCGGUGUUUUUCUCGCUCCUUCUGGCGCGGGCCGUCCGACCUCGCCCCCACAAGUUUCUCUGCUCGGGAUGCUCAGACGAGAAUGGCAACAGCUUGGGCACGCUUUGGGGCUUAGUGGGUCCCUCUAUGCAAAGUUGCCCUCUGCUGAAGACCCCGACCCGGGGUGGGGAGGAAGAGGGUGCUAGCGGUGGGUCUGCCCUGUCUAGGCACGAGGGGCUUCCUUGAUUUUCGGGGGAUUUUUUAAAAUUCUAAGCCUUUUGGGGGUCUGGAGAUUCUCAGGUCCAGGCGUUAAAAAAAAAAAAACCCCACCAGUAAUGUUCAAGAAAAAUAAUACAAAACUAGUAAAGGUCCC